GAAGUGAACAUUCGACGAGAUUUGAAAAGCCCUUGCAGCUCGGUGGUUCACAAACAGUCAAUGGUGGUUCAGGUUGUGAAGCUAAAGUUAUAACAUUUAUUUUAACCUGAACAACAAUGGAGCAACUUAGCGAAGAGGAGGUCAAACUGUAUUUUUAUGAGAACAGACUGAAAACUUUCGAGGGGUGGCCAUUCGACGAAGACUGCACGUGUACCCCGGAGAACAUGGCCAAAGCUGGCUUUAUUCACACCCCAUCAGAGAACAGCCCUGACAUCGCCAUGUGUUUCUUCUGCCUCAAAGAGCUGGAGGGCUGGGAGCCGGAGGAUGACCCACUAAAGGAGCACAAAUCUCAUUCACCAUCCUGCCAAUUCAUCGCCCUGAAGAAGACGGUAGAAGAGCUUACUGUGGAGGAAUUUUUCAAACUGCAGAAAGAGAGACACAAAUUAAUGAUGAACAAAUCCUGUAACGAGGCCAUCAACAAGUUCGAAGAGGCAGCCAAAAUGAGAAGAGGUGAUAUCAUCAAGACAGCCAUGGGUGAAGAGUGACAGGAGAAUAGAUGCAGAUGAAUGAGAUGGGUGGCGUGUGAGAGAUUAAUUGUAGCUGGCUGAAUGACUGGUUUCCCACUGAAGUUAUUUCCAUGUUUCCUUCAUUUCUUCUUUGUAACACUGUAUAUCUGUCCUCUUUAAUGUUUUUCGCUGUCAUGUUCUCUGUUUUUAUUCAUUAAACUUCUAUAUCUACUACAA